UCCAUAGUCUGGACAGCACUCAUUGCAGUCCUUACAGGCCCAUUCCGAGGCCCCGACAGCGCAAGAACAUAUAAACAGCAUGUAGUGUUUACUGCCAUAAAAUGCCUAACCUCGAACCUACCCGGACGACUUUUGAGGCAGGUCUCCACCUUUCAAGACCCCUCCACCCCACAUCCCAAUAGAGCUGAUGAGAUUGACAUGGCAGCACGCUUUCCCCCCUCCACAUCAGAGGUCUACAAAGCAUUUGCAAGGAAANAAGGCUUCGAGCCAGUUUUCGUAGAUACGGAAUCUGUGCAGGGAGGAUGGAUUGGAGAUCCUCAAGCCGAGACUACGGUUUUGUGGUUUCAUGGUUAUGCGUUUCCCGCUCAAAAAGACCACAUGAAGUUACUAGCAGGUCUUGUAGACGAAGCCAAGAGUCAUGGGCGAGAGCUCAAUGUUUUGAUCAUCCAAUACGUUUGUGGUCUUCUAGACUUGUCUUCACAGUCAGCAUACCCUAGACAACUAGAGCAAGCCAUCUCCGCCCUACGUUACCUAAUCGAAGACAUGGGAAAAUCUGCUCAACAAGUCCGCGACUCGGCAGGAGGAAACCUCGCCUUGGGCGUUGUGUCCCACCUAUGUCAUCCCCAUCCUUGCAUCCCUGCUCUACACCUCCCCUCCGACACCAACCUCAAAGGUCUAGUGUUGGUGUCUCCAUGGGUAACGUUUUCUGUUUCCGCUGCUUCGUUUCAACGGAACAAAGACAGAGAUUGCAUCAGUGCUGUGGCGCUCUCCCACUGGACUCAAGAAUUCCUGCAAGAGGCGGAAAUGGAUAACUACAACAAUCCUCUGUCAGCACCACACGAAUGGUGGAGUAACAUUCCAGUCACAGAGGUGUUGGUGACUGCAGGGGAAGAUGAGGUGUUGGUCGAUGACAUAGUAGCCAUGACAGACAAACUAAAGGAUAAAGCAAAGAUACACGCAGUGAUUGCUGAGAAAGAGCCACAUGAUGCACCCAUAAUGGAAGCAACACUCGGUCACGAGAGUGAAACAAGUCAGACCUUGAAACAUUGGGUCUUAGGAUUGGUUUCUGGGAGG